AUGCAAUUCCACCUGCCCUCCACCCUUCUGCUCCUCGCUGCGACCAUUUUCUCCGCAGAAUCUCGCCGCCUUACCAACGCUGCGACGGGAUUCUGCCUCGAUAGCGACACCACCGGUCGGGUGAACGCAAUGUCCUGCAACGGCGGAAAUUUUCAACAAUGGCAACUCUACAAGGAUAGUACCGUCCGCAACGUGGCGACAGGGAUGUGCCUCGACAGCAACAUGAAGACGGAAGUCUACACGGGGCAGUGCAAUGGGGGCAAAUAUCAAAGGUGGAGUAUUAGCGGGGGCCAGUUCAAAAGUGGGGGCACGUUGGGAUGUCUAGACAGCAAUGGGGAUGGACACGUCUACACGCACCAAUGCAAUGGAGGAGCUUAUCAGAGAUGGAAUUGA